GUUUGUUGUGUAAUGAGCGAGACGAGACCGAACCUGUGUAGCCACUGCAUUGACCGGGGCCCAAAGACAGGACGGAUGAAUGCGGAUCCAGGACGGAUGGAGAAGAGUAGUAAAUUCGCAGAGGUUGAGAGGUGUUUAAGAAUGCUGGAGGAGGAUAGACUCCUGGUUGCUCAUCUAGCGGAAUCUGCGGAUAAAGGUCGGCUGAAGAGUGGGAGAGGUUCUUCAGGUUCUACUGGAGCUAAAAGAAAUAAAACUACCCGUCUUCUCUACACCCGUCUUCUCCAGCUGCAACCAGCACUACUAGACGAUGUAUGCCCAGUUCUCUCUCAGCGGGUUCUUCAGAAGGUUUAUCAAUGGCAGUUUAAUGCAUUCCUGCUGGACAGGGUUACAGGAGGACAUUGUCUUCCAGCAAUAUGCCUUCAUCUUCUUCAUAGUACAGGACUUAUGAGUCAUUUCGGGAUGGAUCCUACAGAAGUUAUCUCAUUUUUCCGGUUGGUAGAGCGUGGAUACCAUCACGGGAACCCGUAUCACAACGCUCUCCACGCGUGUGACGUGACUCAAGCUAUGUAUGUAUUCUGUCAACAGUCAGCUAUUCUUCCUUACCUUACCCCUCUAGAAUUACUAGCUGCGCUGGUCGCAGCUGUAUCCCACGACCUAGAUCACCCAGGAGUAAACGAGAAGUUCCUUGUCUCUACAGGGAGCCAUCUAGCGGUUCUUUACGACAACGUUUCCGUGCUGGAGAACCAUCAUUGGAGAUCAGCCGUAGCUAGCUUCGUGGAUUCCGGACUAUCUAAAUGUUUGCCAGAGUCCCAGUUUACAGAGUUUGUUGAUCUUGUGAGAUCUCUGAUCUUGGCUACAGAUAUAUCCAGACAACAAGAGUUCCUCACGCAGUUCAGAUUUUUCCUGGACAAUCGGGAGCUUAACCUGGCUCUACCACACCAUAGGCAUUUUAUCCUACAGAUUGGUAUAAAGUGUGCGGAUAUAUCGAACCCUUGUAGGACGUGGAACGUAUCCAGACUUUGGUCUCUCAGAGCAUGUGAAGAGUUUUUUAGACAGGGUGAUCUAGAAAGAGAGUUAGGGUUACCCCUAACUCCUAUUUGUGAUAGAUUUAACGUAACAGUAGCCAAGGUGCAAGUAGGAUUUUAUACGUUUGUUGUUGAACCAUUGUUUAGUGAGUGGGAUAGAUUCUUGUCUAGUGAUCUUACCAAUGAGAUGUUGGAGAACUUCAGGUCUAAUCAGACAAAGUGGGAGGACGAGGUUAUGCAAGAAGAUAUAUCCUUCCCAACCUCAAGCCAAGAUGAAAUCGAACCUGUCAGAGAAUCCAAAGUCUUCCAGCCUCCAACUGGACCUGCCAAAAUUGGACGGAGGAUGUCGUUGCCUUGUAACGACCCUCUCCUUCGCGUGUUCGACCAGAUGACCCAACCGGACUGCGACGCGACCAAAGCGGUUCAGCUUAGGAGAAAUUUCUCUCUCACGGAUCGUCGUCGAUCUUCCUUACUUCGGGGACUUUACAACAGAAAUUCCUUGAAGCCUGGUCGGGGUAGGUUGAGCCGACCUACAAGUGUGUGUAUAGAGAAUGACCCGGCGAUAAAAUUUAAUCGAACUCUGCAACCGCGAGAAAACCGGAUACGUAGUCCGCCAAACAUGGAAAUGAGUUUGGUGGAAAAAAGUCCUUCUCCGAAUUCAGAGGAAGAUUCAUCCGUGUUCCUUGAACCAGGGGAGAAGGAGAACUCUAGUAACCUGUACGAGAGACUGAGCAGAAGACGGGGAUCAGCUCCUUCCAACCUGGUCCUAGGAGAUUGCAAACCUUCAAACAAUGGAAACCUGGUUGGAUCCAACCUUCUCCGACAUCAGAACAACCUUGGCCUCAAUACAAGGAGGGGAUCUCUUCCCUCCGACCUGUUAAAAGAAAGUUUAUCCAAACAGUUUCGUAAUAAAGUUCUUAACAGUGGUUCUGCCGGGAGCUCUAAAUCUAAAGGUUUACUGAGACGAAGAUCAAUGGGUCCUGAACUACUUAAUUUACAGCAGGGAGGAGGGGGACGGGAGAGACAGUUAAUGCAAAAAUACUUAAACCGUCCCAUUUAACAACGGAACCAGAACCCUGGCAGAACUAUUCUUCGUCUUGUUUAGGUGGUUGUUUAGUCAGAACAUUUAUAUCGUUUUUGUAAUGUGUUUCUAUAAAUUAUUGUGUCAACUUA